UGGCCGCGGCGCGCAGGCGCGCGAGGCGGCCCGGCGGCGAGCUCGGCGCUCAGACGCUCUGGAGGGAGGCGGCUGUGGCGCUGGCCAGGCGGCGGCUUUUCCACGUGCUCCUCGCGGCCGGUUGAAGGCGUUGGCGGGCGCUGGCUGAGAGGACAAGACUUCAAACCUACCUUGGAUAGAGAAUACUUAACCAUUUAGCUAAAAAUGGUAUUUUUUACAUGCAAUGCAUGUGGUGAAUCAGUGAAGAAAGUACAAGUGGAAAAGCAUGUGGCUAUUUGCAGGAACUGUGAAUGCCUGUCUUGCAUUGACUGUGGUAAAGAUUUCUGGGGUGAUGACUACAAAAACCACGUCAAGUGCAUCAGUGAAGAACAGAAGUAUGGUGGCAAAGGUUAUGAAGGUAAAACCCACAAAGGCGAUAUUAAACAGCAGGCAUGGAUUCAGAAAAUUAAUGAAUUAGUAAAAAGACCCAAUGUCAGCCGCAAAGUGAGAGAACUUUUAGAGCAAAUUAGUGGUUUUGACAACGUUCCCAGGAAAAAGGCAAAAUUUCAGAAUUGGAUGAAGAACAGUUUAAAAGUUCAUAAUGAAUCUAUUCUGGAACAGGUGUGGAAUAUCUUUUCUGAAGCUUCCAGCAAUGAAGCGGUCAGUAAGGGUCAAGACCAGCAGCCCCUCCCCCAGGCGGCCAGCCCACCCUGCCCGCCCCACACAGAGGUCUCCGCCAAGGUCCCAGCCUCUGGAACACAUGACAGCACAGAAAAGCAAGCAGAGUUGAAGAAGAAUAAACGAGAAAGGAAGGAAGAAAGGCAGAAGAAUAGGAAAAAAGAGAAGAAAGAACUAAAAUUAGAAAACCACCAGGAGAAUUCAAAGAAUCAGAAGCCGAAGAAGCACAAAACAGGCCAGGAGGCUGAGCAGGAGGCCGAGCAGGAGGCCGGAGGGGAGGCCCUGGGCUCUGCAGGGAGGAAGAGACAGAGCAAGGCGAGCAAGGCCAAGGGGGCCGCUGACAGGGCAGAGGAUGGAGCUGGGGCCCACACGGGAGACCCCGAGGAGGAGUCCACAAAAGCCCUGCCUGGGAAGAGAAAGAAGCACUUGGAAGAUGACACAGGUUCUAAGAAGAAACAGAGAAAGGUCUCAGGACCUCCUGAGGGUGGAGAACCGGAAAACCAUGAGGCUCCUGCAAAAGGGAAAUUCAACUGGAAAGGAACUAUUAAAGCAGUUCUGAAACAGGCCCCAGACAAUGAAGUAGCCAUCAAAAAGCUAAGGAAAAAGGUUUUAGCUCAGUAUUAUGCGGUGACGGAUGAACAUCACAAGUCUGAAGAGGAGCUCCUGACCAUCUUUAACAAGAAAAUCAGCAAGAACCCCACCUUUAAGUUAUUGAAGGACAAAGUCAAGCUUUUGAAAUGAACAUUUUUAUAUUUAAAAACUGAAUCCGUUCUGUUGAUUUCUUUCACGGCUGUUUAUAAGACAUGUAAUGAAUUAUAACAACUUCCAAUUUUGCUUUCCAAAGCUGUAUUUUUAAGUUAAGGAAAAAGUCUAUUUUUGGUAGAACUUUUAUGAGAAAAUAUAUUCUUAUCCAAAAUUCUAAAUCUGUGGUGGUGC